AUGGAGAUCAAUGCCAUCCAUCUCGGGAUCAAUUACAAAGACCUCGCCAAGGAACAGGCUGCCGACCCUGAUACUGGCGCAUACUGCACAGCCCUCACCUACCUCAAAUCAGCCGAUGCAGAGUACCAGAAGACAUCACGAUGGACAGCGGACCUGUCCUUCCUGUCAGAGCUGUGGACCUCCCUGGCCUGCCUGAUGGGGACGUCGCUCCACACUACCACUGCCUACAACCCAGCGGCCAAUGGCAUGAUGGAAAGAGUCCACCGAUCACUGAAGGUGGCCCUAAUGGCAUGCUGCACUGGCGAGGACAGGAAGAAUCAACUACCUUGGGUCCUCCUUGGCCUCCAGACCACCCCAGGGGCAAAUGGCAAGGAAUCACCAGUGGAGCAGGUUUACAGAGAGCCAAUGGCAGUCCCAGGUGAAUUCUUCCCGACCAACGCCGAUGAUGCAGAAUCUCCAUUGCUAGGCUUCGGGAGACCGCAGAAAGUUCACUGCCCUGCCUCAAGAUCUUCUCUGAUAGAACCAAAAAAACUUCCCUCUGAAGGCCCUAGCAGCGUCCUGCAAACAUUUUUCAUCAGGGAAGAUGCCCACUGCUGA